UUGACGGAAAUUAUCCCACCAUCGGCGAGUAAAACUCUCACCCAAAGCCACGGUCGUGUCAACAGCGGGCAUUGACCUUUAAGUUUCGGUACGUCACAGGUGUGGUGACGCCAAAUCAGGAAGUGAGAUCUUACAACAAUGGCGACGGCUUCUUUCUCUGAGAAAGUCAGCGACGACUUCAUCCAGUGUACGAUCUGUUGCUACAACUUCAAGAAGCCGAAGGUUCUUCCCUGCUUGCACACCUUCUGUGCGCACUGUCUGCAGGAAUGGGUCCAGAAGAACGACGGCAACACCUUUCCGUGUCCCACCUGUCGUGAGCAAGUUCAUUUGCCCGAAAAUGGCGUCGAGGGUCUAAAGGACAACUUUUUCCUCGCCAGCCUGGUGAAAGCCGUGACAGAGCACCACAAGGUUCGCCACGGGCAGGAUGGCCUCCUCUGCACCACUUGUGACGAAGGGAAGCCUGCCACGUCCAGGUGUUCGGAGUGUGCUGAGUUUCUGUGCGAAAGUUGUGAGUCGGCACAUCGUCUUCAGAGAGCUACCAAGGGCCACACUCUCUUCACGUUUGAGGAACUGAAGACGGGCAAAUAUGACGGCGUCUUCAAGACAAGGAAAGCUCCACCGUGUCCCAAACAUUCAGGAGAGAUCCUGAAGCUCUACUGUAGGACAUGUGAGACUCCGAUAUGCAACGAAUGCGCCUUGUUUGAACACAGGGACUCACAGCACGACCUCAAGCGCAUUGAAGAGGUGGCCGCUGAGAAGAGAAAGACAAUCUUAGAUCUCACACCUCACUGCCAGGCCCAAAUGCAGUUGUUUCAGCGGACGGAAGAAGUUCAGAACCGCUUGAAGGAACAACUUCAGAUAAACACAGAAGGGGCUCGUCAGAACGUCCACAAAACUGUACAAACUUUGAUUGCCCUGGUAAAGGAAGAAGGCGAACGGCUCCUUGCUUGUUUUGAUACAGAGGAAACAUCCAGGACAAAACAGAUAGAAGCAGAGAUAGAGGGAGCACAGAUCAGUCUGGCGAGCGUCAAGAGCACAUGUGAGUUUGCAGAGACUCUAGCUCGGGAGGGAGGUGACUACGAAGUUGUAUCUUUCUCACAGGAUCUGACGAUGAGACUGAAUGACUUGACCAAACCACCUGCCGACACUGUAAACUUUGGACUGGCAAACAUCGCCGUUGAUUGCUCUGUGAUGGGGCGCAAGUUAAAACAAAACGCCCCGCCACAAGCCCAAUACAGCAUGCCAAAGUCAACGGAGAGAGAACUACAUUCUCUACUGAAAGGAGCAUCCCAAAGUCGGACAAGUUCCGGAUCCAGGACAGAGGGUUUUUUGGUACCACCGAAAGGGACAAGUGCUAUCAUGGAUUUUUUGUAUUAG